CGUCUUCUGACGUUUGCAGCAGAAUCCAGGAAGUGAGGAGCCGCCUGUUGUUUUUGCCGAUUGAUAGUCCUUUCACAUUUUAUUUGUUACUUUUCGCGGGGCAAAAAUGGCGACUUUUAUUUCUGUCCCGUUAAAGAAGUCGUCUGAAGUCGAACUAGUUAAACCGCUCUCGAAAUUCGUUACGGCGACAUACCCAACGGGCGAGGAUCAAGCUGAGUAUAUCCGAUCCGUGGAGGAGUUGAACAAGCUGCGCAAGAGUGCUCUGGGGAGGCCGCUCGACAAACACGAAAGCUCGCUGGAAAUCCUCCUGAGGUAUUAUGAUCAGCUGUGUGCCGUGGAGCCAAAGUUUCCCUUCUCUGAAAACCAGCUGUGUCUAACCUUCACAUGGAAAGAUGCCUUUGAUAAGGGCUCACUGUUCGGCGGCUCAGUCAAACUAGCCCUGGCCAGUCUGGGCUAUGAGAAGACAUGCGUGUUGUUCAAUGGAGCAGCGUUGGCAAGUCAGAUCGCUUCAGAACAAAACCUGGACAGCGAUGAAGGACUGAAGGCCGCAGCCAAAUACUACCAGUUGGCAAGUGGAGCAUUUGGUCACAUUAAGGACACAGUGCUGUCGGCUCUGAACAGAGAGCCUACAAUGGACAUUUCUCCUGAGACCGUAGGAACCCUCAGUCUCAUCAUGCUGGCUCAGGCACAGGAAGUCUUCUUUCUCAAGGCUACUUCAGAUAAGAUGAAGGACGCCAUCAUCGCUAAACUGGCCAAUCAGGCGGCAGAUUUCUACAGCGAUGCCUUCAAGCAGUGUCAGUACAAAGAGAACCUGCCCAAGUGUAUUUAUUUCCAGGAGGUGUUGCCGGUGCUGGCAGCUAAACACUGCAUCAUGCAGGCCAACGCUGAGCUACACCAGUCUAUCCUCGCCAAGCAGAAGAAACAGUUUGGGGAGGAGAUUGCUCGCCUGCAGCAUGCUUCAGAGCUGGUGAAGACGGUAGCGUCUCGCUAUGAUGAGUACGUCAGUGUGAAAGACCUUAGUGAUAAGAUCAGCCGUGCUCUGACCGCAGCUAAGAAGGACAACGACUUCAUCUACCACGACCGCGUCCCUGAGGUCAAAGACCUGGAACACAUCGGCAAGGCAGCGCUGGUCAAGGCUACCACCAUCACACCUCCGCUCAGCGCCAAGUUCACUGACUUGUUUGAGAAGAUGGUGCCCAUGGCUGUGCAGCAGAGUAUGAGUGUGUACAGCCAGAGGAAGGCUGAGACCGUCAACAGACUGGUAGGAACCAUGAGGGAAGCUACUAACCUCUGCAACGGUGUCCUGGCAUCUCUGAACCUGCCUGCGGCUCUGGAGGACCUGUCUGGAGAUUCUAUCCCACAAUCCAUUAUUGAAAAGGCCCAUGCCAUCGUCCAGCAGGGGGGGCUGCAGAGCAUAGAGCAGCUGAUCAGAGACCUGCCGGAACUACUGACACGCAACAGAGAGAUCCUGGAUGAGUCUCUGAAGAUGCUGGAUGAUGAGGAGUCGACAGACAGCGAGCUGAGAUCCAAGUUCAGCCAACGCUGGAACAGAACUCCCUCUGGAGACCUCUACAAACCACUCAGAGCGGAGGGGGGUAACUUCCGUAGCGUGUUGGACAAGGCAGUGCAGGCUGACCAGGUGGUCAGGGAGCGUUAUAAUGCACACUGUGAGAUGAUCGCUCUCCUCUGUAAACCUGAGGCUGAACUCACUGCUGCCAUACCUUCAGCCAACCCUGCUAAGACAUUGCAGGGCAGUGAGGUUGUGAGUGUGUUGCGUUCCCAGCUGUCCCAGCUAGAGGUGGUGAAGAGAGAGAGGGAGGUGCUGGAGACGGAAAUUAAGGGCGUGACCUUUGACAUGUCCUCCAGCUUCCUGACGGCUCUGGCUCAGGACGGGGCCAUCAAUGAGGAGGCACUGUCAAUGAGCCAGCUUGACCAAUCAUACGGCAGCUACAGCCAGAGGGUUCAAGCCAGCCUCCGCUCUCAGGAAGAGCUGUUGGGCAACGUGCAGGCAUCUCACCAGGAGUUCUCCAGUCUGAAGCAGUCCAACUCGGAGGCAAAUGAUCGUGAGGAGGUGUUGAAGAAGCUGGCCUCGGCCCACGACAGCUACGUUGAGAUCACCAGCAACCUCAGAGAGGGCACCAAGUUCUACAAUGACCUCACCGAGAUCCUGCUGAAGUUCCAGAACAAGUGCAGUGACAUCGUCUUCGCCCGCAAGACAGAACGGGAUGAACUGCUGAAGGAUUUGCAGCAGAGCAUCGCCAGGGAGCCCAGUGCCCCGUCCUUCUCUGUCCCCGCCUACCAGACUAACCCCACCCCCACCGCCACUGGACCAACCCCCGCACCAAGGACUGUCUUCCAACCUCAGCAGCCCCAGGCGAAGGCCCAGCCUCCCGAGCGGCCCCCUCCCCCUGCCUUCACCCCCCAGGCCGCCUCCGCACCAGGCAACCCUCCCAGUAACCAGCCUCAACCAGUAAACCCCCCACCUAUGGCCCCUCCCUCACAGGCCCAGGGACCGCCUUACCCCACAUACCAGGGAUACCCCGGGUAUGCCUACCAGAUGCCUAUGGGUUAUAACCCGUAUGCAGCGUACGGCCAGUACAACAUGCCCCCCACUAUGCAGCCUAACAUGCAGCCCUACGUCCCCUAUCAGCAGGCCCCAGCACCCGGACAGGGGGGCUACCCUGUGGUCCCCCCCACACAGCAGCACCCCUACACCUACCAACAGCAGCCCCAGCAACCACCACAACAGCCAUACUACCCACAACAAUAACUACUCUCUCACUCCUCUCCUCCAUCCCUCUCCUCUGCUAUCGCUACUCCGACCGACAGCAGAAACUAUGCUACUACGCCCAGCAAUAACUCCUCAAUCCUCUCUCUCUCUCUCUCUCUCUCUCUCUCUCUCUCCAUCCCUCCUCUCUCUCUCUCUCUCUCUCUCUCCCUUCUUCCUCUGCCUUAUUUACGUUGUACUUCUAGCACUCCACCUUCUCCCUCCCUCCCUCCACCUUCUCUCCCUCCCUCCCUCCACCUUCUCUCCCUCCCUCCCUCUACCUUCUCUCCCUCCCUCCCUCUACCUUCUCUCCCUCCCUCCCCUCCCUCCCUCUACC